UGUGGUGUGUCUGUGUGUUCUUCUUAUAGAAAGGGAGGCAGAGGAUUCUCACUCUAAAAAAAAGGGGAAGAGAAACCUUCCUAGUCCUCAUCCAGGUUCAGUUUUAGGGGGUUUGAGGAGUGGGAGAUCCCUUCCUGAGACCCCCUGUUUCCCUCCCUCCUAACCCCCCUUUCCCAUGGUUGUAAGAGGCAUGGGGGAAAGCAGAGACCACGCAUGCUGCCCUGGGGAAUAAAUCCAGAUCCUCGGAAAGGAAAGUGGGGGAACCUGGAGAGUCCUUCGCACCCCAUUUCCUGGUGAAGGCUCCUGUGUAAGGGGAGAGCUUGCAUGGGAAAUCUCAAGACGGAAAUAAGAAAUAUAUUUGCAAGGAAGAGAAGCAGAUUGUUGUCCCCAAUUCGGGUCUGAGCCUGGUGCAGAAGCCAAUGAUGGACGCCAGAUACGAAGUGCAGGACAGAGAAAGAAUGGCAAGCCGUCCUUUAGCAAGUGGGGGAAGUGGAAAAGGGCCUUCCGGUGCUCAGUCUGGAAUCCAUGGGGAGAUCUGGGCAAGAACUGGGCAGAAGAUCCUGGAGGAGAAAACCACCCUUUCAGAAGUUCAGCCCUGGAACUUCAGGAGCUUCCAAUACAAGGAGGAUGAGGGUCCCCGAGGACUUUGCAGCCGACUCCAUUCCUUUUGUAGUCGAUGGUUGAGACCAGAAAAGCACACAAAAGCGCAGGUGCUGGACCUGGUGGUUCUGGAGCAGUUCCUGGCGCUUCUGCCCCUGCAGAUGGAGAGCUGGGUGCGGGAGUGUGGAGCAGAAACCAGCUCCCAGGCGGUGGCCCUGGUGGAAGGCUUCCUCCUGAGCCAGGCGGAGGAGGAGAAGGAGAAGGUUGAGUUGCAGUCCUUCGAAAUGGAGAUCAGAGAUCCUGAGAGAAAGAGGCAUCUGUCAAAUCUCCCUCAAGAACUGUCUUUCAGGGGGAUCCCUCAGGGAGAUCCAAUUCAGGACACCUCAGGAGGGAAGAAUAGAAGGAAGUUGAUUCUUUGUUCUGGGGGAGCAGAAACCAGGAUUGAACCUCCAACUCAGGAGAGUCUUGUGUCCUUUGAGGAGGUGGCUGUGUAUUUCUCCGAGGAGGAGUGGUCUCAGCUAGAUCCUCACCAAAGAGCUCUGCAUUGGGAAGUCAUGCUGGAGAAUUAUAAGAACGUGGUCUCUCUUGGUGAGAAUGAGACUGACAAUAAAGACGCUGGAGAAUCAAUCAAAGUAUUUAGACAAGGAGAAGUAAUGAAGAAACCUGCAAUUCAAACAGAAUUCCAAAGGCAGGAGAGAAACCUGUCAAAUAUCUGGAAUAAGGAAAGCUCAUCAUCUUUGAUUGUUGCUCAGAUGCAGGAGUUUAUUGAUCAACGAGAAAAACUAAAGAAGACAUAUAUUGGGAACAGUAUAAGACUCUUCAAAGACACAUUAGAUGUAAAUGGACCCUGUCCAUCACAAGCCAAAGGACCAGCCAAUAUAUGCAAUGAACAUGGAAACAAGACUAUUAAUGAAAGGACAUGCACAAGGGAGAAGCCGUAUAAAUGCAUGGAACGUGGAAAGGGCUUUACCAAAAAGAGUACCCUUAUUACCCAUCAAAGGAUCUACACAGGGGAGAUGCCAUAUCAAUGCAUGGAGUGUGGAAAGGACUUCAGAACAAGCAAUGAACUUGUAUCCCAUCAAAAGAUCCACACAGGAGAGAAGCCAUAUAAAUGCAUGGAGUGUGGAAAGGACUUCAAAAGAAACAGUCAUCUUAAAUGCCAUAGACAGAUCCACACAGGGGAGAAGCCAUAUAAAUGCUUGGAGUGUGGAAAGGGCUUCAAAACAAACAGUCAUCUUAAAUGCCAUAGACAGAUCCACACAGGGGAGAAGCCGUAUAAAUGCAAGGAGUGUGGAAAGGACUUCAAAACAAACAGUCAUCUUAAAUGCCAUAGACAGAUCCACACAGGGGAGAAGCCAUAUAAAUGCUUGGAGUGUGGAAAGGGCUUCAGAACAAGCAAUGAACUUGCAUCCCAUCAAAGGAUCCACACAAGGGAGAAGCCUUAUAAAUGCAAGGAGUGUGGAAAGAGCUUCAGAACAAGCAGUAAUUGUACACGCCAUCAAAGGAUCCACACAGGGGAGAUGCCAUAUCAAUGCAUGGAGUGUGGAAAGGACUUCAGAACAAGCAAUGAACUUGCAUCCCAUCAAAGGAUCCACACAGGAGAGAAGCCAUAUAAAUGCAUGGAGUGUGGAAAGGACUUCAAAAGAAACAGUCAUCUUAAAUGCCAUAGACAGAUCCACACAGGGGAGAAGCCAUAUAAAUGCUUGGAGUGUGGAAAGGGCUUCAGAACAAGCAAUGAACUUGCAUCCCAUCAACGGAUCCACACAGGAGAGAAGCCAUAUAAAUGCAUGGAGUGUGGAAAGGGCUUUAGAAGAAGCAGUAAUCUUAAAUGCCAUAGACAGAUCCACACAGGGGAGAGGCCAUAUAAAUGCAAGGAGUGUGGAAAGAGCUUCAGUGCAAGCAGUAAUUGUACACGCCAUCAAAGGAUCCACACAGGGGAGAUGCCAUAUCAAUGCAUGGAGUGUGGAAAGGACUUCAGAACAAGCAAUGAACUUGCAUCCCAUCAAAGGAUCCACACAGGAGAGAAGCCAUAUAAAUGCAAGGAGUGGGGAAAGGACUUCAAAAGAAACAGGCAUCUUAAAUGCCCUAGACAGAUCCACACAGGGGAGAAGCCAUAUAAAUGCUUGGAGUGUGGAAAGGACUUCACAAAAAGCAGUGAUCUUACAUGCCAUAGACGGAUUCACAUAGGGGAGAAGCCAUAUAAAUGCAUGGAGUGUGGAAAGGACUUCAUAAAAAACAGUGAGCUUACAUACCAUAGACGGAUCCACACAGGGGAGAAGCCAUAUAAAUGCAUGGAGUGUGGAAAGGACUUCAGAACAAGCAGUGAUCUUACAUGUCAUACACGGAUCCACACAGGGGAGAAGCCAUAUAAAUGCAUGGAAUGUGGAAAGAGCUUCAGAAUAAGCAAUGACCUUACAUGCCAUCAAAGGAUCCACACAGGGGAGAAACCAUAUAAAUGCAUGGAGUGUGGAAAGGACUUCAGAACAAGCAGUGAGCUUACAUGUCAUACACGGAUCCUUUUAUCCCAUCAAAGGAUCCACACAGGGGAGAAGCCAUAUAAAUGCAUGGAGUGCGGAAAGGGCUUCAGAAGAAACAGUCAUCUUAAAUCCCAUCAAAGGAUCCACACAGGGGAGAAGCCAUAUAAAUGCAUGGAGUGUGGAAAGGGUUUCAGAAGAAACAGUCAUCUUAAAUCCCAUCAAAGGAUCCACACAAGGGAGAAGCCAUAUAAAUGCAUGGAGUGUGAAAAGGGCUUCAGAACAAGCAAUGAACUUGCAUCCCAUCAAUGGAUCCACACAGGGGAGAAGCCAUGUAAAUGCAUGGAGUGUGGAAAGGGCUUCAGAACAAGGAAUGGAGUUGCAUCCCAUCAAAGGAUCCACACAGGAGAGAAGCCAUAUAAUUGCAUGGAGUGUGGAAAAGGCUUCAGAACAUGGAAUGGAGUUGCAUCCCAUCAAAGGAUCCACACAGGGGAGAAGCCAUAUAAAUGCAUGGAGUGUGGAAAGGGCUUCAGAAGAAACAGUCAACUUACAACCCAUCAAAGGAUCCACACAGGAGAGAAGCCAUAUAAUUGCAUGGAGUGUGGAAAGGGCUUCAGAACAAGGAAUGGAGUUGCAUCCCAUCAAAGGAUCCACACAGGGGAGAAGCCAUAUAAAUGCAUGGAGUGUGGAAAGGGCUUCAGAAGAAACAGUCAACUUACAACCCAUCAAAGGAUCCACACAGGGGAGAAGCCAUAUAAAUGCAUGGAGUGUGGAAAGGGCUUCAGAAGAAACAGUCAUCUUAUAUGCCAUCAAAGGAUCCACACAGGGGAGAAGCCAUAUAAAUGCAUUGAGUGUGGAAAGGGCUUCGGAAGAAGCAGUCAACUUACAUCCCAUCAAUGGAUCCACACAGGGGAGAAGCCAUAUAAUUGCAUGGAGUGUGGAAAGGGCUUCAGAACAAGGAAUGAACUUGCAUCCCAUCAAAGGAUCCACACAGGGGAGAAGCCAUAUAAAUGCAUGGAGUGUGGAAAGGGCUUCAGAACAAGCAGUGAACUUGCAUCCCAUCAAAGGAUCCACACAGGGGAGAAGCCAUAUAAAUGCAUGGAGUGUGGAAAGGGCUUCAGAAGAAACAGUCAACUUACAUCCCAUCAAUGGAUCCACACAGGGGAGAAGCCAUAUAAAUGCAUGGAGUGUGGAAAGGGCUUCAGAACAAGCAGUGAACUUGCAUCCCAUCAAAGGAUCCACACAGGGGAGAAGCCAUAUAAAUGCAUGGAGUGUGGAAAGGGCUUCAGAAGAAACAGUCAACUUACAUCCCAUCAAUGGAUCCACACAGGGGAGAAGCCAUAUAAAUGCAUGGAGUGUGGAAAGAGCUUCAGAAGAAACAGUCAACUUACAUCCCAUCAAUGGAUCCACACAGGGGAGAAGCCAUAUAAAUGCGUAGAGUAGAGUAGAGUAGAGUAGAGUAGAGUAGAGUAGAGUAGAGUAGAGUAGAGUAGAGUAGAGUAGAGUAGAGUAGAAUAGAGUAGAAUUGGAAUGGAAUGGAAUGGAAUGGAAUGGAAUGGAAUGGAAUGGAAUGGAAUGGAAUGGAAUGGAAUAGAAUAGAAUAACAGAGUUGGAAAGGACCUUGGAGGUCUUCUAGUCCAACCCCCUGCCCAGGCAGGAAACCCUGCACCACUUCAGGGAAAUGGUUAUCCAAUAUCUUCUUAAAAAUUUCCAGUAUUGGGGCAUUCACAACUUCUGCAGGCAAGUUGUUCCAUUUAUUAAUUGUUCUAAUUGUCAGGAAAUUUCUCCUUAGUUCUUAACUUGCUUCUCUCCUUGAUUAGUUUCCACCCAUUGCUUCUUGUUCUACCCUCAGGUGCUUUGAAGAAUAGUUUGACUCCCUCUUCUUUGUGGCAACCCCUGAGAUAUCGGAACAUUGCUAUCAUAUAUCCCCUAGUCCUUCUUUUCAUUAAACUAGACAUACCCAGCCGUUCUUCAUAUGUUUUAGCCUCCAGUCCCCUAGUCAUCUUUGUUGCUCUUCUCUGCACUCUUUCUAGAGUCUCCACAUCUUUUUUACAUCAUGGCAACCAAAACUGAAUGCAAUAUUCCAAGUGUGGCCUUACCAAGUCAUUAUAAAGUGGUAUUAACACCACAUGAUCUUGAUUCUAUCCCUCUGUUUAUGCAGCCCAGAACUGUGUUGCCUUUUUUGGCAGCUGCUGCACACUGCUGGCUCAUAUUUAAAUGGUUGUCCACUAGGACUCCAAGAUCCCUCUCACAGUUACUACUAUUGAGCAAGGUACCACAUAUAUGGUACCUGUGCAUUUUGUUUUUCUUCCCUAAAUGUAGAACUUUGCUUUUUUUCACUGUUGAAUUUCAUUUUGUUAGAUAGCGCCCAAUGUUUGUCAAGAUCCUUCUGUAUCUUGAGCCUAUCUUCUGGAGUGUUGGGUAUUCCUGCCAGCUUGGUGUCAUCUGCAAAUUUGAUGAGUUCUCCAUCUAUCCCCUCAUCCAAUUCAUCGAUGAAGAUGUUAAAGAGCAUGGAAAGAAUGUGGAAAGGACUUCAGUACAAGCAGUCAUCUUACACGCCAUUGAAGGAUCCACACAAGGGAGAAUCCAUAUAGAUGCUUGGAAUGUGGAAAGGGCUUCAGCACCCCCCAUAGUCUUUUUUCCCAUAGUAUGAUUCAUAGACUGGAGAAUCCCCAAAACAAAGAUACAUUUGGGUGAGAAUGUGUGCUAACUAUUGAUUUAAUGGGUUCUAUGUAUGGAUUUCCAAUUUACGGACUGAACUCUGAAAAAGGGUUUUGAAUGUAUCUGUAUAUACAGUAUAUAGCAGUGUUAAACUGGCGGCUCACGGGCUGAUUGCAUCACAUGCAGGACACGCCCAUCUCCCAGCUCCGCGAAUAGGGAAUGCAAUGCAUCACAUAAUGGUAAUGUCAUGCGGGGAGUUUGAAACCCGUGGUAUAUAGGUUCAUUUUAUUUAUUUUUUAGAAAUGAGCUUCCUGUUCCCCAACUGUCAUCAUUCCCCCAGUUAGUCAUAGCUCUCAGAGUGAUGCGAAGACGUCUAACAGAUGCUGCUUCCCUAAGCCCAAAAGGAAAAUAUCAAAAAAUAAUCAAAUUGCACCCAUGGUGUAGAACUGGGAUCCCCAAAAGUAAUUAAAUUUGCAUCCUCAGUGUAGAACUGAAACCUGAGUCAGCCGGUAUAUAUGCAGAAACAUUGAACAUUAUUCAGUCAAAGGCCUCAUGAUAUGAGGGAAUUGUCACAUGGAGAUCAAUCUAGAGUGUGUGGGAAGAGCUGAAAGGAUGAACAAUUAAAAGAAAUUUAAUAGUUGAAAGUUGCAGUUAUAUUGAGAAGCUUACUCGGGUUUCAACCAAGGUUUAAAAACUUUUAUGCAGCUUGUUUUACUUGCUUAGGUUUUUUUUAGCCUGCUGUGUAGUUUUAUGUCUCUCCCAGGUUUGUUUCACCUACCUCCCUGAACACAGAGGUGUAGCUUCUGACGGAUUUCCUUUUCACUUUCGUGCAGCCUAACUUCUGAUAAGAACCAUGUUGCAAUUAGCUAAAAAGUGGUGAGCAGGACCACCCAGUGAGUGUAGGUGAAAUCCUAAAUUCUGAAUCAUGCAUACAUCACUCUCAAAGGUGAAAUUUUCCUAGAAUCAUAAGGUCUGUUCUGUCUUCAUUAUACGUUACAUGUUGCUCUGUGUGCAGCUAAACCCAACUAUCCUCCAAUAAAACAGACCAUGUGCGUAAA